UGGCUUAUGUCGGAAGUGCAGGUGGAUCUUUUAGAGUUGCGCUCGUAGCAUGUUGAGCGUUAAUUUCACACAAUAACAGACAGAUAUCAACCAUGGCCCUCAACAACAAUCAUUCCGAAUCUGGAGGUGUUAUCAUCAACAACAGCGAAAGUGUCUUGAUGUCAUAUGAGAAUGUGGAGCUGGUGUUCAGUGACGCAGAGCGCUUGCCAGAAGCCUUUAGAAAAAGCAAGAAGGGAAGCAUCUACCUGACACCUUACAGGGUGAUCUUCUUGACUAAAGCGAAGGACCCCCUGCAGUCGUUCAUGAUGCCGUUUUAUCUCAUGAAGGGCUGUGAGGUCAAGCAGCCGGUUCUUGGUGCCAACUACAUCAAGGGCACGAUCAGCGCCGAGCCUGGAGGUGGCUGGGAAGGAUCUGCAACCUUCAAGUUGAUUUUUCUCGCCGGAGGAGCGAUUGAGUUUGGACAGUACAUGCUACAGGUGGCAGCACAGGCAUCCAGAGGGCAACCGGUGACUGUUAAUUACGGCUGUCCUUACAUGGCGAACGGGGCGUAUGCUUACCCUCCUCCUCCUCCUGCUAACGGCAUGUAUUCGGCCGCACCUCCUCCUCCUGGAUACGCCUACCCCGGACCUCCUCCUCCAGGUGGAUUUUACCCCAACCCUUCUGGCUUUGACGGACCAGCAGCCUACAUGCCUCCUCCUCCGUACACAGCUCCGAUGAACCACGCUCCUCCGGACCCGGACCUGCCCAGAACACCCGCAGCCGAAGCAAAGGCAGCUGAAGCUGCAGCCAGUUCAAGCGCGUCUACGUUUGCUACGACACGGGUCUACAUGCCCGAGGACAAGCCUCCACCCUACUCCCCACCUGAAGACAAGAAGAACCAGUAGACGUGUCUGCAGCGAGCACACAUCCUCUCCUCUCUCUCCAUACCCUUCAUCUCAUCCUCUCUUCCCCUCACCAUCUCCAGUUAAUCGGCCGGCGAGGCUGCUCGCAGUGACCGGGGGCUCCGGCAGGGCUCUGCAUUACCAUGACCUGGUCUGUAUAGAGGGACGAGAGAGACGCGUGAAUAAAACGACUUUAAUCAAUUCACAGCUGGUGAAUGAGAGGGACCGACUGUUAGCUUUCUAACCGACAGUAAAUGAUUGAGCUUUUCUAAAUUUGAAGAUUAGUAUAUUUAAGAGAUGUUUAUGAGUGAUUUUGUAUAGAUCGAUCGAACGAGGUUUGAAGCACAUCGCUAGUCGCGCGAGAGUUGAGGCCCAAACACACCGGAGCGCCGUUCACGUCAAGAGCGCUUCCGGUCGUCGUUUUAAUCUCGACUGCUGCAUCCAACGUUAUUAGAUGGAAGAUCACUGGUUGCCGCAACUCACCCGUUACACGACACUCAAGCAGUCGCUUAAAUCUGCCUUUGAAAAGAAAAGACUUACGGAAGCUUAGCUGCUGCAGAUCCAAUGCAAACGCUCUUUACCGCACAUUCCGUCAAAUACAUCCCUUAAAAUGAAACUGUACCAUGCCUCGGGCCAUCCAAGACCAUCAGGACAGAUUUGGAGAAAUGUAGCAUUGCAGCAACAAAUGGUUCCUCUGCAGUGAAUGGGUGCCGUCAGAAUGGGUCCAAACACAAUAUCACAAUAAUCCACAGCACUCCAGUCUAUCAGUUAACGUCUUUUGAAGUGAAAAAAGCGGUGUUUGUAAGAAACAAUGUACCAUUGCUUCUGGCUCAUAUCCAUAAUUUAUAAUAACGCCUUUUCCGGUGAAGAAGACUUUCCUCUAUUGUCUCUCACAUCAAAAUACAAAAGAAGUUGUUUCGGCUUGUAAACGGCGCUUGAUCUGUAUGUAUUUCUGUAAGUAACAAAAUUGCAUUUGUUAAAACUUUAACCGAUGGACUGUGCUGUGGAUUAUUGUGAUGUUUUUAUCAGCUGACGGCACCCAUUCACUGCGGUGAGCGAGUGAUGGAAUGCUACGUUUUUCUCCAAACUCAUCUUCAUCUUGGACGGAGAAUAUUUCCAGCAUUGUUUAUUUUUAGGUCAACUGUUCCUUACACGCUACACGUCCAUUUUAUACAACGGUUCCGGUCCUUGAAUCUGAUUGGACGGGCUGAUUGCUCUGCACAAGCAGCGCUCGAUUCCACGUUGGCUUCUUUUGCAAUCGUUUUCAAUGCCGGAGCAAAAACCAAGUAAUCAAAACAACCGAGCGCUGUCUAAAAUCACCUUCGCAAACACUACACAUGAUGUAUAUCUGAUGAAGCUCGUUUCAGACGUGUUCUGCAGCAGUGUGUACUAGUCUUGGCAUCUCUGUAGCAUGCAGCAGUUAGACUAAAGUUGCACUUUAACCCUACAUGCACCUUCAGUCUCCUUGACAGAGUUUGUUAAUUCUUUUCUCCCCCCCUUAUUUAUUUAAUUAUACAUUUAAUCAGUUCCGCAUGACCUUGACUGUACUGUCUUAUUUAAAGUGUAUUUUAUUAAAGUAAACCUGUACAAGUGGAACAAUG